GGCUGCGUGCUUGAUUGUUUCCCGGUGUCGGUCUGUGGCGCGCUGUGUGGUCCAGUGUCUCGUUUAUGAAUGGCCCUGACAUGGAGGAAAUUCCGUUUCAGAAAGUCAAAACCCGGCGGAAGAAAAGCCACUGUCCACCCGGCGUCCCUCUAACUACCAUUGCCUGCGAGGACGAGUUCGACUGUAAGGAGCUGGAGUCUCUGUUUCAGAAUUACAACCUAAAGCUGGAGCAGACGUCCACUCUCAAAGCCCUGGCGGUGCUCAUCAUCAUGGCAUCGACGCUGGCCGUGGUGGAGUUGCUUUCCGGGCCCAAUCUGACCAUACCCAAGGGGUCCCAUCCGGUCCACUGUAUCGUCUUCGUAUCCCUCUUCAUUGUCACCAACGUCAAAUACCUGCAGGUGACCCAGCUCCAGCAGAUCGUCAACCUGACCUUGCUCUUCAGCUUCACCUUCUCGUUCCUCUGCUGUCCCUUCUCCCUCGGAGCGGUGGGCCUGGAGCCCCCGACCAAUCCGGAGCAGGGCAUGUGGCAGCUCAUGCUGGUUACAUUCGUCGCCUACUCGCUCCUGCCCGUGCGGACUCUGUUAGCAGUAGUGUUUGGAAUAAUGAUUGCCAUCUCUCAUAUAAUUGUGACAGCGACAUCGGUGACAGUCAAGACGCAGAAAUUAUGGAGAACGGUAAGUAGGUGCAUAUUAAUUUGUAUGCGUGUAUACAUAGUUAACCACCAGGCUAGGCUGUUCAAGGCAUGGGUAAAGGCUUUUGUGAAGAACGGAUAAGGGAAAACAUCGGCGAGAGGAAGCAAUUAAUAGGUUUAUGUCAAUAUGAAGUUCAGCACCGUCAAACUGGACAGCGAUUGGCGGCGCUCACUUCAUACGUUUACAUUUUACUCAUUUAGCAGACGCUCUUAUCCACAGCGACUUACAGUAGUGAGUGCAUACAUUUUCAUACUGGUCCCCCGUGGGAAUGGAACCCACAACCCUGGCGUUGCAGGUGCCAUGCUCUACCAAGUGAGCCACACCGCACUACAAUGUCUCGCUUGUGGAAGACAUACACAUUUUAAUUCUUAAAUUAAAUGUUUCGGUUUAUAUCUGUAAUGGCCUAGAUUUAUGUAGAAUAGAAAUAUCUGUGAAAUCAAGACAUGCAGUUUUUUUUUUUAUAUAACGAGCGCGUGCUGGAUGUAGGCCCAAGUAGGCUGGUAGAAAGUGCAAGGCUGUGCGAGAUGACGCACGGAGAGGUGCUCAGUAGCUCAAUCUAAACUCGGACUUCAAUGACGUGUGGCAGAUUUUGAUAACCACUACAGACAGGAGAGCAGAGGGGUAUCCUACGAAGCAGGUUUGAAGGUGGUCAACUCGGGAUAAACUGUCAUACGAAACCGUCUCACCUUUUAGCCAGUUACAUUUCUAUGGCAACGAAUCCUUCAAAACGAACCUGCUCCGGGACAGGCCAACUCACGGCUAACUUAACAUGAAUGAAAAGACUGAGCCACGAGUUAAGGACCAAUGAAAUCAGAUUCCCUCCCUCUUGCAAAGAUUGCGGCAUAGUCAGUGCAAGUGCUGUUGGACACAUGAGCACACACUCUCCACAUGGAUGCCCCAGCACAGCCCACUGUCAAUGUGGACCCCCAGGUACUUGUAUGAGUUCACCUGCUCAAUGUUCUGUUUACCACUGUGUAGCACUGACUCGUCCAUGGAUUGAUGUUUCAGCAUUGUCUCAAUGAAGCGUUCGGCGUUCGACUAGCCAUGUGCUCAGUUACAAGCCUGCUAGAGUUACGCGUUGAACACACCGACUGAGCAUUUUGCGCGAAAUAGAAUGCAGCGUCAUCUAGAUAUGUGUGCAACAAAAGUUCAACAUUUACCUUCUGCUACCAUUUCUGUCAACCCGUUCAUGCAUACAGUUUGACGCAUACGUUCGAUAAAUCCAACGUAUGCACCACACAGAACGCACUAGAACUGCCUCUGAAACGCAAUGCUGCAAGGCAAACGCAGCGGUCUAUUGGAAAUGAAUGUACUUCCGGUGUACCAAAACGCAAUGAUACAGUCGUUGUGUUAGAAGCGUUAGCGGCAGGCUGAUGAGCAAUAUCCACCGUCGUAGUACGGAUGAAUCCUGAGCUGAAAUGUGAAGCUGAAGCUGGUUAGCUUUAGAAAACCCUGAGUAGAUCUAGCUUGCUUCGUGGGAUACCCCUCUGGUCAGUCAAAGCAUAAGCCGGCUUUCCAUGUUGACAUUGCUUCAGAUGUAGUCUAAUAACCUGAUUUCACUGAGGUGGGGGGACAUAGAAAUAGCCUAUAGAGCUGUGUCUGUCUCACAACAUUGACUUCAAAAUAGCCUGUUUGACUGAUAUGGCUUGGGUCUAUGGUAUGAAUAUCAAUGUAAAACACGACAUGGGAAUAGGGAUCAUCAAUGAAAACACACUCCCAUUCAAAUGUACCAUUACCUAUUUACAAAUUGCAACUGCCUAUGUCAAUUAUAAAAACACAGAGCACAUUAUCUGAAAAUGGAAAGCCACCUCACAUAUUAUAGUUGUUCUGAAGCACAUCCGAGAUUUACUGGAAUCUCACCUUUGAGAUCAAGUGAUCAGCCGCCAUGUCUGAUGGAAAAUCAAGCUAAUAUGAGAGUGUAUGUCUAAUAAUAUGACCCAACCUCAUAUCAUCCUACACCGCCAACACAGAGUGAAACAAAACAAACAGGACCACACAGAGAGAGCAGACAGACAGUGUUCAGACAGGGUUCACAUAUGCCUCUGUUUCAUAGGGAAUAUAUGGUCCACUUAGGAUGAGGGUAAAAAGUCCUUGAUGCAGAACCAAAGUAGGCCAUGGUUGAGGACCUGAACCAGAUACCAGACAACCAGACAGUUAAAUAAAGGACAAGGCAAAGCCAGAUAAGUUAUUUCAGGACAGAAAUACCUAAAAUGUCUUGACAGUCUCAACAUGUGUUUUUUUUUCUCUCUCUCUCUCUCUUACUCUGUUAUGGAUAGGUUGAGCUCUAUCAAAUCAGCUCUAGUCUUCACCUUACAGGUUAAGGUUGUGUGUGGUUUUUGUGGGUUUGUUUUUAGCAUGUGGCCUAUAAUAUCUCAGGCCUGUAGCCUAUAGGUGGGCCAGGAAGACAGUGUGUAAAGAACAGUGCCAGCAGUAGCAGAGUACGGCCUGGGGAGGGAAAGCUAAUCCCUUCAUCCUGAAGAUGAGCUCAGUGGUGUGACCCUACAGGAGCUAUAGGCCACCUUCUCUUCAGAUGUCUAUGUGUGGUGUAAACAAAUCAAUAAUAGCCAUGCCUCGUCUCAGUCAGAGAGAGAAGGACUUAGGUUAGAUUCUUUCUUUCCCCUCUCCUGAUUAGUCACUGCAGCCUUUAUUUAGCUGACUUCUGUUAUAAGAGUCCACCAACACACUGACGGAUAUUUGAGGGUCGUCGUCUGCAUGGUAGUCUUGUGAGACCAUGGAUUUCUUGUGAGACCAUGUAUUGCUCCUGGUGAGGAAGGCUGGCUGACAUUAUACAGAGUUUUAAUGGACUAGUGUGUGUGUGUGUGUGUGUGUAUUUGUCUGUGUGUACUUCUGUGUACAGGCCUUGUUUUGUUGUUGUAAAGGUCACACUGUGCCAGGACCAGUCAUGCCCAGCCACAUGGAAAACACUCACUGUUCCAGCCUCUGUUGUUCUCUCCUACAUGUCUUAUGAUCGGCUGGAAGCACAGCUCACUUUGUAGACCCCUCUGUGAUGUUGGUUAAACUAUAUACACACACACACACACUCAUACACACACACACACAUACACACACACACACACACACAUACUGAUUGAUUGAUUCCAAAUAUGUAAUGGCACAAGACAAAACAAAUACUUUAUUUUUGGCUUCAAAAUAAUGUUUGUGAAUGUACAGUACAGCUCUUCUCUCUUCCUAUAUCUAUACAGUGCAUCAGUCUGUUAGUGUGCUAUGUGUUUAGGCCAGAUGGUUUCUGAUACCUCAGCUUCACCUGGCCCUUCAUGCGUUAAAGGGGCAAUCUGCAGUUCAAAUAAUAACAAAGAGGACAGAGCUAUUCAUUGACAGAGCUAUGGAUACAUGGACUGACCAUCCAUGAGAUCAAAAUUAUAGUUGUAACGAUGUUUUGAGGCUGUACAGUGCUUGUUUUCAAUUACAUUGUUUACAAACAAAGGGGUAAAACAAGCUUAUAUUUGGGGAUCUGAUGGGAUAAGACAAUUGAACUAAGUUCAUGAAAAAUUUAUGAGUUAUGUUCUUAAAAAAUCUAUGGGUAUAUAUUGUGAAUUUAAAAGUCAAAAAAUUGAUGUAGCAAUCACAGAUUUCCCCUUUAAAGAUAUAAUGUAACCGCAACAUACAGGUAACUAUCGAAAUAAAGGAAACACCUAAAUGAAGUUUCUUAAUAGGGCGUUGGUCCACCACGAGCCAGAACAGCUUCAAUGCACCUUGGCAUAGUUUCUACAAGUGUCUGGAACUCUAUUGGAGGGAUGCGACACCAUUCUUCCAUGAGAAAUUCCAUCAUUUGGUGUUUUGUUGAUGGUGGUGGAAAACGUUGUCACAGGCGCCGCUCCAGAAUCUCCCAUAAGUGUUCAAUUGGGUUGAGAUCUGGUGACUGAGACCGCCAUGGCAUAUGGUUUACAUCGUUUUCAUGCUCAUCAAACUAUUCAGUGACCACUCGUGCCCUGUGGAUGGGGGCGUUGUCAUCCUAUGUGGGCAUAGCCAUGGUAGCCAAAAUACUGGCCAAAAUAAUGGCCUGCCCAACAUUUUUAUACAUGACCCUGAGCAUGAUUAGAUGUUAAUUGCUUAAUUAACUCUGGAACCACACCUGUGUAGAAGCACCUGCUUUCAAUAUACUUUGUAUCCCUCAUUACUCAAGUUUUUCCAGUAUUUUAGCAGUUACCUGGAUGUUCUGUCAGAAAAGUUUGGCUUUAACAAUAUGACAGGGGUAGCUAGCUACCUGUCAAAGUAUAGUUUCACUAUCACCAUACUGUAUGUACUUUGCCCAAGUAUCAUACAUGUAUUUGCUAUUUAAGACAGUCUUGCCUUGAGAACGUAGUCCUAUGUAGUUCAGUUGGUGAGAGCAUGGCACUAGCAACACUAAGGUCAUACGUUCAAUUUCUGCAGGGAUCCUAUGUCACUUUGGAUAAAAGCAUAUGCUAAGUGUAUAAUGUUGUGGUGCUUGUUGUUUGUGCUUGUAGCUGGUGGCCAACACGGUGCUGUUUACCAGUGUGAACCUGUCUGGAUUGUUUGUGCGCAUCCUGACUGAGCGAGCCCAAAGGAAGGCUUUCCUACAGGCACGCAACUGCAUCGAGGAGAGGCUACGCAUGGAGGAUGAGAAUGAGAAACAAGUACAAACACAUGCACACACACACACACACACAUUACUAGAAGGCAUAAGGUUAAAAUCAUGUGUAUGAUGGCUCAUUUAUGCAUGGCUCCUUUCUUUCCCCAAUUUUCUAUUUUUUUUUGUCACACCUGGUGACUCAUUUACACACUUUCAAUUCUGUUUGAUACACCACCUUUUUGUCUCUCACUUUUCUUAUCUGCACCACCACCAACACUCUCCUCUCAUAUUCUCAAGUCUGAUUAAGUAUAACUCUUUCCUUCUCCUCGCUCUGUUUUGUUUGUUUGUUUCUUUAUUUUCUUUUAACCUUCUUACUUUCUCUCUCUCUCUCUCUCUCUCUCUCUCUCUCUCUCUCUCUCUCUCUCUCUCUCUCUCUCCUCUCUCUCCUCUCUCUCUCUCUCUCUCUCUCUCUCUCUCUCUCUCUCACCCACACAUACAGGAGCGCCUUCUGAUGAGUUUGUUGCCGAGGAACGUGGCAAUGGAGAUGAAAGAAGACUUCCUGAAGCCUCCUGAAAGGAUCUUCCACAAGAUCUACAUCCAACGCCACGACAACGUCAGGUAG